CUUCAACCAAUGAAUCCGAUUGGAUCAUCCCGCCAUAGUGUGUACAGAAGGAUAAUGGGGACUUCUCUCCGCAAAUAACACCCUCAUCGGCGCCUAGACCAAACCUAUUCCCAUGGAGAAAUGGGCCUUAAUCCCUCAGCAAGCGCCGUCUAGGCCAUGGUUCCCUCAAAUGCGGCUCUAGUCAACUUCUGAGUAUGCGAGUGUGAGGUGGAUACCCGCUACUUGUUCAAGAAUAGAAGCAGUCAUCUCUGACAGGCCGUGGUCCUCUGCCAUCUCAUUUUAGCUUGUGCACUCUAUGAAGUGUAUCAAUCCUACAAAGACAUCGCUUACGCUCUUUCAAAUCCCAACCUGCUGAUUUCGUUGGCACCUGGCAGUACAAUACUCCAGCUCCCUCGCAGAUACUCCGUAAUUGACUUGAGGAGUCAACUUCAUUCAGAGAUCAUCUCAUCCGCGCCACACUACUCCAGUGUCAUAUCGAGUCGAUCGAAGCGAUAGAACAUGGCGUCGUUCGCAUUCUACCUGGGUGCGAACGCACUGUUCGCUCAAGCUGUUCUUGCGUUCAACUGUUCAAUACCCCCCAUUUACGUGGACAUUCAUAAAAGAGCAGUCCACGAUUCUCCAGCCUUUCAAUAUGGAUCAUUCAUUGGUCUUGGAACUCCCGCACAGAACCAAAGCCUGUGGCCAUCCUUGAGCCAAAACCAUACUUCGUUCUCGUCGAAUACCUUCUGCGAUAAUAGCACAUUGAAAGACUGUGAUAGAUCAACAGGAGGCUUUUAUGUGAAGGAAGAUUCGUCAACAUUUAAACCAAAAGGAAAAGACUUCCAACCACUCGAUAAACAAAAUGACUCAUCGAGGGGUUUGUUCGCUUCGGAAACAGUUCGUCUGUAUACGCACUACUUCGAAACCGAUGGUGCAUCGCAAACACUACUUGAAGAUGUCGACAUUGAAGUCGUCGUCAACUCGUCUACCACGCCCUCCAUCGUGGGGAUAGGACAAGCCUCGACCAUCCUUCAGGGCCUCGUAGCCCAGAAUAAGAUUGCUGCUCGCACAUACUCGCUCUACAUAGGACAAGGCUUCGACCGGGCCGGGGGUUCUGUGAACGGCUCGAACGCGUUCGGUGGAUACGAUUCGGGUCGCUUCACUGGCCAGGCGCAUUCCUUCUCGAUGAAUACUGCGAAUCGAAAUCCCUUCAGCGUCACUGUGAAGGAUAUAAUCAUUACUGAGACCGGCAACCCCAAUAGCAACACUUCACUAUUCGAUGCAAAGAAGUUCCCAUCCGCAAAACAACCAUCGGCGUUCACUGCACAGAUCACUACAGACCAAUACCCGCUCUCGCUUCCCUACCAGAUAACGCAGAACUUCAUCAAGCACCUGGAUGCAACCAAGGACAACUACUGGGGUGACAACUCCUUAAAGUUGCGCUCUCAAUUCAACGGGACACUUUCCAUCGUCAUCGCAGGCGAUAACGGCGACUUCACCGUCACUCUUCCCCAGGAAGUGCUGGUCAAUGCCUCAAACAUCACACCCAUCCAAGACCGCACAGAAGCAUCAUCAGCGCCAUUCCUUCUGUCGACAGCAUUUUUGAGCCAAGUCUACCUCAUGGCCGACUUUGAAACCUUCAAGUUCUACCUCGCAGAAGCGGUUCAGAAGAACAACAUCGUCAUGCCCGAGACGUUUUGUCCUAAGGCCGUCCCCAGCGCCUAUGAACGGCCGAAGCAGGGUGCAUGGAUGAAACAAGGUCUGAUAGGUGCAGUCAUCGGCGGUGUUUUGGGUGGAAUUGGGAUCGCAAUUUGCGCAUACUGCUUCGUGUUGGGCUGUCAGAGGCGGAGAGCGGAAAAGAGGGUUGAGAGAGCGAUAGAGAAGAGCAAGCAAUCAAAGAUGGCCCAAUUCGAAGUCGAGGAAGUCCAAUCAUUCGAUCCGCCGCCCAAGGCAUCGAAAGUGCUUUUCUGGAAGAGGGGCAAAAAAUGAGGGCACUGCUAUAGACCAUCAUCGAACGCUGGAGCGUCAUGACUUUCGUUUUAUUAUUAAUACCCAAAGCAUAUUUAGACUUUGUUCAAUUCUC